UCCCUGUGACACAGCGGAGACGCCGCUAUCCCUACACACGCCUACACCGCGGCCCCGACCGCAUCUGGGUUGACCCGAGAGCUCUGGCAGGAUGCUCAGCUCUCGGCCGGGCCCCUGACACAGCAUCGUCGGGAGGGGCGAGGAAAGGAGAGGGCGUCUCCUGCCCCACUCCGGAGGGAAAACAAGGGAAAGAGGAGGCGGUUGCGUAACCUGAGCCUGGGGUGCGGCUCGGGAAACAAAGAGGUCGUGAAAGCAGCCGCAGCCGAGGCUCUGCGCGCUCCUUGAGGUAACUGCGAAUCCACACAAAUCACCGCCGCCUGGGCAGAACGCCAGUGCUAUGAGCGUGCAGAUUCCUGGAGUCCACUCCAGCCCCACGGGACGACAAACUCUGUCUGGCAGUACCCAGGAACCUGCAUUCUAAACAAGCAUCCGGGCUAACAGGAACCCAGGGAAGUUUGAAAAUAAUCGCUUCACGUCUAGCACCAGCUGAAAGAGCCCGCUCGCCGGAAUCCGGCACCUCGGCGGCCGCUGGGCCGCGCAGCAACCGAGCUUGGUCCUUUCCUUUGGUCCCGCCCCGCUGCUCAGCGUGGAUUGGUGGCGGAGAGCAACUCUGGAGCUGAUUGGGCGGCGGAGGAGCCGCUCGUGGAGACUGUAAGUUCGGCUGCUCCAGAGUGCUAAAUUUAUCUUCAGAGGAGCGACCGCGCCAGCCGCGAACCGGAUCUCUCUGGAGGUGGCAUAGGCGAUAUCCCUGAGCUGAGAGCAUCACCCUGUCCCCGAAUCCUUCUUCCCUCUGUUUUGUUUUUCAUUCCCCCCUUCCCUCCUUCCCCUCUUCCAGUCCGCGACGACUGGCUCUUGACCCUGUUCAGGCCGCGGUGAAGGCUUUUGGUUACUCCCUUUCCACCCCAUCCCUUAAUUUUAUUCUUUUGAAGAAUCUGCAUUUCAAGCUGCCAAGGUGGAGAGUGUGAUUGCAGAAGGGAGUACUCCUCAUUUCAGCUUUAUUUUUAUGUGAUAAUCUACGUUUAAGAAAAGGUGUGCCAUACCUGAGAGCACCAGGAAGUCGAAUGAGAAAUCACCUGAUACACGAACGUGUGAUGUUCCAUCUGCGCAUUGAUGCAUAGGCAGCAUUUACAAAUUAACUGAUGUGUUGCUCUAUAUCAUCUCUUUGAUGAUUGCUCAUCUUCUGUGUAUCCUGUCGUAUAAUUUCAACACAUUUGUGAUACUCAAUGUUUAUUCUAAAUUAACCAUGUUUUGUACUACAAACACAUUGCCUAUGGAUCUGUUGCUGAAACAAGGAAGUCUUAAACAAGAAGUAGAAUCUUUUUGUUAUCAAAUUGUGUCUGAAUCAAAUGAUCAAAAGGUUGGAAUAUUACAAAGCGAGGAUGAACAGCUGCAGCCUUCAGUUUCUAAAAGAUCAGAAGGUGAGCUUUCCAGGGUCAAAUUUAUGUCCAAUUCCAACAAAAUAACAACAUUUAGUAAGAAACCAAAAAGAAGAAAAUAUGAUGAAAGUUAUUUGUCUUUUGGAUUUACUUACUUUGGAAAUAGAGAUGCACCUCAUGCUCAGUGUGUGUUAUGUAAAAAAAUUUUAUCAAAUAGUUCUUUGGCCCCUAGUAAGCUUCGAAGACAUUUGGAAACUAAACAUGCUGCCUAUAAAGACAAAGACAUAAGCUUUUUCAAGCAACAUCUUGAUUCACCUGAAAAUAACAAACCUCCAACACCUAAAAUUGUCAAUACAGAUAAUGAAAGUGCUACAGAGGCAUCAUACAAUGUAAGUUACCAUAUAGCCCUGAGUGGAGAGGCUCAUACUAUUGGAGAAUUGCUUAUCAAGCCUUGUGCAAAAGAUGUUGUGAUGCGAAUGUUUGACGAACAAUAUAGUAAAAAAAUAGAUGCAGUACAACUAUCAAAUAGUACUGUUGCACGUCGAAUUAAGGAUCUUGCUGCUGACAUUGAAGAAGAGCUUGUUUGUAGACUGAAAAUUUGUGAUGGGUUUUCACUGCAACUAGAUGAAUCAGCUGAUGUUUCAGGACUUGCUGUGCUGCUUGUGUUUGUUCGUUAUAGGUUUAAUAAAUCUAUUGAGGAAGACCUACUCUUAUGUGAAUCUUUGCAAAGUAAUGCUACUGGUGAAGAAAUUUUCAACUGCAUCAACAGCUUUAUGCAGAAACAUGAAAUUGAAUGGGAAAAAUGUGUCGAUGUUUGUAGUGAUGCUUCUAGGGCAAUGGACGGGAAAAUUGCUGAGGCUGUCACCUUGAUAAAAUAUGUGGCUCCCGAAAGCACCAGUAGUCACUGCCUAUUAUAUAGACAUGCACUAGCAGUUAAAAUAAUGCCUACAUCUCUGAAAAAUGUGCUAGAUCAGGCAGUACAAAUCAUCAAUUACAUUAAAGCUCGACCACAUCAAUCCAGGCUACUAAAAAUUUUAUGUGAGGAAAUGGGUGCUCAGCACACAGCACUUCUUCUGAAUACAGAAGUGAGGUGGCUUUCCCGAGGUAAAGUUCUUGUAAGACUUUUUGAGCUUCGUCGUGAACUAUUGGUUUUCAUGGAUUCUGCUUUUCGACUGUCUGACUGUUUAACAAAUUCAUCUUGGCUGCUAAGACUUGCGUAUCUUGCAGAUAUUUUUACUAAAUUAAAUGAGGUUAAUCUAUCAAUGCAAGGGAAAAAUGUAACAGUUUUUACAGUAUUUGAUAAAAUGUCAUCAUUGUUAAGAAAAUUGGAAUUUUGGGCUUCAUCUGUAGAGGAAGAAAACUUUGAUUGUUUUCCUACACUCAGUGACUUUUUGACUGAAAUUAAUUCUACAGUUGAUAAAGAUAUUUGUAGUGCCAUUGUGCAGCAUCUAAGGGGUUUGCGCUCUACUCUGUUAAAAUAUUUUCCUGUAACAAAUGACAAUAACACUUGGGUUAGAAAUCCAUUUACAGUAACUGUUAAACCGGCCUCAUUAGUAGCACGGGACUAUGAGAGCCUGAUUGAUUUAACAUCUGAUUCUCAAGUCAAACAAAAUUUCAGUGAACUUUCACUAAAUGAUUUUUGGAGUAGCCUAAUUCAAGAGUACCCAAGCAUUGCAAGGCGUGCGGUUCGUGUACUUCUUCCUUUUGCUACAAUGCACCUGUGUGAAACAGGAUUUUCAUAUUAUGCUGCAACAAAAACGAAAUAUAGGAAAAGACUUGAUGCUGCACCUCAUAUGCGGAUUCGACUUAGCAACAUUACACCUAAUAUUAAGCGGAUAUGUGAUAAAAAGACACAAAAACACUGUUCUCAUUAAAAUUAGAGGGUUUUUGCAUGUCUCUUGAUAACCAAAUAUAAGAUGAAAAUAAAAGAUGAUUUCAUCUCUGGUAUUUUGGGGUUUUAAAUAAAAUGAUUCAUAUUUUUUAUACUUCUUAGAUUUUAAGAAAGCUAAAGAAUCAGAAGUUUUAAGCAUUUAUUAUUAGUAUCUCUUCUUCACAUUGUAAUUUCAAAGAGUUCCAUGGUCAUAACUGUGGGAAAUGUUGAUCCACAAGAUAAAACCCCAGUUCCUUAGCAUAAUGUAUCUCUUUAGGAUCUAAUCACUAUGAAUUUUUCUAGUCCUGCCUACCCUGCAGCUCUCCAAUCACAUGGAAUGCCUUGCCAAUCCCUAAAUACAUUACACUGUUUCAUGCUUUCAGGUUUCAAAAAAUAUUCCUUCCCCUUGUUUCCUGACAAACUCCUAUUUGCUUUUCAAUAGUUUGACCUAAUUUAUCUUUGGUACUUUGAUUCUCUAUGUCUUUCUGUUUUGGCCCUAUUUUGUCUCAACUAUGAUCUGCUUGGUGGCCUCAUGAUUCCCAGUGUUAUUGGACUAAGCUCUUACAAGGUCUUAUUCAGCUGUGUCUCCAUUGCCUAGCAAAAGGCCUUACUAAAGUAAAAUUCCCAGUAAAGGAAAAAAUUUUGGUGAAUCAACAAAAAAUGGAAUAGGAUAUGGUAGUUUAUAUUUGUAUAUCUGCAUGUGUAGAGAAUGUUAGUUACCCUUUGUGGUUUUGGCUCAAUUAUUUUACCUAGAAUUCAGUGUGGUGAUUAGGCAGAAAUCACUAAAUAAUGUCACAGCUUUGAUCCAAACUGAACUAUUGGGGGAGAGGGAAGUAUGAAGAAUGUUAUCAGGUAUUUUCAUUGUUUCUCAGUUCCUAUGUAGAGUAUUAUAAAUUCCAUACUAUAGACUAAUGAGGUUUUACUGUACUUGAAGAUGAUUAGACUUGAAACCCCUGUCAGUUUAUCCUUAGAGUUCUAUGAAGGUCUGACUUUCCUGUCCCUAGGAUCUCUUCCCACAUCACAUCACAUAUCACAGGCCACCAGCUCAAUGUCACAUACUUUAUGUUACUCCUAUAUAGGUAGCCAUUAUUUAUUAAAUCUCACUUACUCAAACCUAGUUCCCAUUUUGGGGAGUAGAAGGAUUCUCACUAAGGCAGAAUGUGGUAGCAUGACUACACUGGGGGACUUGCUCCACUGCUUAAUUAGCUAUUUAAUGUUGGGCAGUUUGAGCCUUCCUGCACCUCAGUUUUCUCAUCUGUAAAAUUAUGCCUUCUUUGAGGGUUAUUAAUAAGAUUAAAUGAGUACCUAUCUAAAAUUCCUAACAGUUGGUGAUAGGAAAAAAUGUACAACAUAUAUUAGUUCUCUUCCAUAUCCAGCCAUGUCCCAUUUAAACUUUACUUCAACAUUAACUUCUAGUCUGGGUUUUUGUUCUCUGGAGACUAACAGCCCUCCAGUCUAUAGGGCCUGACCUAAUCUAAGGCAGCAAGAUUAAGCAUUUCUAGCCCAGGUUUUGUCACAUUAUUAAUCACCUAUUUUAUCUUACUAGAUGCUUGUAUGUUACCAAUCAUUUUUACAGCAAUCCUAUGGGAUUAAGUAAUUUUUGAAUUUGCCUAAGGUCACACAUUAAGUAGCAGAAUGUAAUUUAAAAUGUGGGGUCCCUGACUGGUACAGUCAAUACAGCAUGCAACUCUUGAUCUCAAGGUCCAUGAGUUCAAGCCCCACACUGGGUGCAGAGCUUACUUAACAAAACAAAGAACAGGUCUUUCCCAUAGAUGGUACUUUUUGUGGGCAUUGCCUUUCAAACCUUUAUUAAGAGCAUCAAACAGUGACUUAGGAGUAUAAAACUCCCUACUAAAAUCUGGACAUUUGUUUAAAAUCCUGUAUUUUCUUCUCUAGAGUGACCUAAAAUAAGCUGUCUACUUCAAAAUAUGACUGCUUGCUUUAAUAUAAAACUAUGUAAAAAUAGGGUUAAAUUGCCAUCAAGGAAAAUUAAUUCUCAAAAAAGAUUCAUCAUAAUUGCUCAUACAUGCAGUGAUUUUUGUCAACUAAUCCUAGAAUUAAAUCUACCCUAAUUUGAGAGGCAUGUACAAUGCCAUAAUGUCCAUGUCUGGCUGAUACCUCAAGUCUGAUAAUGAGACUCAUGUGAUUACUGAACCUGAGCCCUUAAGUUAUUUGUCCAGGGUAUCACCCUCUUGAGAUGUAAGACCUCUCUUUUCCAAUUCUUUACUUGUAACCUCCUCCUCUGAGAGUCUAGAUCCUUGGAUUAAACCCAAAUCUGUUGACUGGGACCCUGCAAUCUGAUAAUAUAUCACUUUAUUGCCAACACUACCCAACUUGGUUCUUGAUGCCAGCUUCUCAUCUGUUCUGUAACCUCUCAGACUAAGCUAUGGAUACCAUGUAUGGCUAGUGAGAGUGGACUUUUUAGCACCUGAAGGUGGACCUGGGACCUGCUGGAUGAUAGGCAAAUCUAGUUCCAGACAGCAACUUCUAUAUUACCCAAACCUACUGUAGGUACCAUGACUGAAUCCCAAAACAGAAGAUUCUUUUCUUUUAUGUUUAAACCCUACCUACCCUUCAGACUUUGCCUUUCUUAAAUAAAAGCCAAGCAAAGUCUUGAGCACUGUCAGUACUCUCCAAGACUCCACAUACUGAGGCUCUUUCUGGAGCUAGAGGGAAGCCUCUUACAAACCCUUUCACCCAAAAGAGUAAACAACUCUUAAAGGAAGAGAUGGGUGGCGUUCUUCAUAAUGGCAGGGAUUUGGGGACUGAAAAAACUUACGGCAUCCUCAAAUGACAGCUACCCUUUCUGCCUGUGCAUGAAACAUAGUUCACCUAAUGUAUCUAACCCAAAAGGACUUUUCCACUUUGAAUUUAAAGUAACUGAAAUUGUGGGGCGCCUAGCUGGCUCAGUCGGUAGAACAUGUGACUCUCGAUCUUGGGGUCAUGAGUUUGAGCUCCACAUGGGGCAUAGAGUUUACUUAAAAAUUAAUAGAAAUGAAAAUUAAAGUAAUUGAAAUUGCCUUGAUUUCUUAAUGAGGAUUGUUUCCUAGUACCACACUUACAUAAAUACACUGAUUGUAAUUUCUUGUAUCUAGGACUUCUUUAGGAUCAUUCAUAGAACUUAGUAAGUUUCUAAUCAUACAAAAAGUACUCAGUGAAUUGAAUUCCGUACCUUAAAAGGUGAAGUAUUAAGGUGAAAUACAGUUUAUACUGUAACAUUAUAAAAAUUAGCUUUCAAGUUCUUAGCCUGCCUUAAACAUAUAAAGCAGUAACUUUUCUUUGCCUCUCAAAGACUUCAGAAGUGGCAUUUUGUAAAUAAGCUCCCAUGUUUCCUUAAAAAUGCAGUUUUACUCCCAAAAAUAUAAUUUACCUACAACUCUUUAAAGAAUCAAUCAGAAGUGUAAAUCUAGGUACUCUGGAAUUUACUCACGUUCAGUACUUGCUUUCAUUUUUUAAAGUUGAUAUAACUGCACUGUUAAUUAGUACAAUGGAAAGAAUUCUGAAGCAGGUGUCGAGAGACUUGUGUUCUGCAACUAAUUAACUGGCUUAGAUAAGUUCAUCCUCCUCUGUAGUCCUUAGUUUCUUGACUUAGUUAAACUAAAAUGAGCUCUAAAGUUCUUGUCACAUAAGAUCCAAAUUUAAACCUAAAUAAAGAUUAGGGUGAUGAUAAAGAUUUUCUCAGUUAUUUGGAAUUUUUUUUUUUUCCCCUAGAAGCCAAGCUUUUCAAUGAAUAUUUUACCAUAAUACUUUCUACCAACCAAAAGACAAAAUUUAUAAAUUGCCCCACCAUGGAUACUUAACUGGGGAAGGAAUGAAGUGCUUUUUUUGGAAGGGAGGUAUACUUUGAAAUUGAGAAAACAUUGGAAGAAUUAAAAUAUGCUUGGUUAUGACUGUAUUGGAAUCCAGUAUAGAGUAAAUAAUAAAGUGUCAGGCAGGCUGCAGUAGAAAUUGUUGACUCUAUCCCCAGCAUCUGUUUUCCUCUCCCAAACUAUCAAUUUUCUUUCAGGUAUCCAUUUUUUUCCUUAUAUAAUCCAUGUACUUAAGCAACAGCCAACUCCACUCCAAUAGGGGAGUGAACCUACUUUGCCUAAGAUGGAAGCUUUCAAACAUUUUUUUGACCCUGAUUCACAAUAAGAAGCAGAUUUUACACUAUAAUCCAGAUGUGUAUAUGUGAGCACCAAAGUUUCAUAAAAUAAUACCCUCAUAUGUGCAAUGCACUCUCAAAUCUAUUUAAUUUUUUAAAUGAUGUUUAGGACCCAAAGAUUAAUUUCAUGAUGCAUUCUUGGGUCAUGAUCCACCAUUUAAAACACACUGGUGAGUGAAAUGCCAUUGCACUUAUAAAAAUUGUUCAGAGGGGCGCCUGGGUGGCUCAGUUGGUGAAGCGACUGCCUUCGGCUCAGGUCAUGAUCCUGGAGUCCCGGGAUCGAGUCCCACAUCGGGCUCCCUGCUCAGCGGGGAGUCUGCUUCUCCUUCUGACCCUCCUCCCUCUCAUGCUCUCUGUCUCUCAUCCUCUGUCUCUCAAAUAAAUUAAAAAAGAAAAAAUUGUUCAGAAAUCUGGAUCUAAGUGUAUUAAGGCAUAGUAUUACUCUGACCACAGGAACUGGUCCAGAGUAUUAUGUGACCCAGUAUAGGCUAGUGAAAAGCAAGGGCAGAUUGUUUACUAUAGGGGCUUUCAGAAAAGAUGUUUCCUCACUUAAAGGUCUGUGUACUUGGGAGACCUGGAAUUGCUGCAUCUCUCUAGCCUAAGGAUAAAGCCAACACAUAGAGGAGGGCAGAGCCAAAAACUUAGAAAUUAAACCAGAGCGCUGACUGAACCAUACUUGAUCACUAUCCUGCCUGUAAUUUUUUGUUACGUAGGCCAGUAAAUGCCCUUUAUUAAGAUAGUUUACAUUGGAUUUUCUAUUACCAUUGGCGAAACCGUCAUAACAUAGUAGCCUAAAGGGAAAGCAAUAUAAAACUAGAAUUUAUUGGUCAGCUUAACCACAAUGAUGAGAUGAGUGCCAUCCCAAACAGAUAGCCUGAUCUCUGGUUACUUAGUCAUCCACUAUAGUUUUAUCAUUCAGAAUUCUGCCACAGGUAAUAUUUUAUAGACCAGAAACAAAAUCGUUGCAUAUAUUGAUGUUAUUAGGUAUCAUCGAGUGCCAUUUAUUUCUCUUAGUGGGACAACCUGAUAAAUGUAUUUUGCUUACUAGCUAAGGUUCGGCUAGUUGUGAAUCAGGUAUAUGAUUCAAAUUAAAAUUAACCUUGAGAACAAACUUAUUUUUUCUUUAACUUGCUGGAGUCCCUGGUAAAUACAGUGUGAUUUUUUUUUUUUAAGUUUAAUAAGUCAUAUUCUUUAUUGGGGCAAUAAUCAGGCAGAAAUAGUAUGAGUAGUCCUUCUUAAAGGUCACUUUCUGUCGAAGUUUGUAAACAAAGUUCCCUAAGGGAUUGUUUUAACUUCUUGGAAGAAUUAGUUGUUUACCAGGUAAAAUUGGUCACAUAGCAGUUAGCAUGGCUUUCUUGACAAAUCCCUUUGAGCACAACAAACCUUUCCCCGAAACAAGCUGAGAUUUCAGGUUUAAGGUGCUGACCUAAGUGCCUACCUUUGACUCUACCUUCCUAGAACUCCAUAGACAUGCCGAAAGAAAUAUCAAAACUUGGACUAGAUCCAUAGUAACACAAAAGGGCGUAAAGAUGUCAUUUACUCUCAAAGAAUUUACACUCUAGCAGGAAAAACUUAAGUGCUGUGAAGAAAAUAAAAAGUUAAUGUCAGAGUAAAGAAGACACAUGUUAACUGAGUUAAUCUGAGAAAGUCUUCAAGAAAGUGACAUUUGAGCUGAAGCCUGAGAGAUAAGGAGACUUUCAAAUGAAGGAUUGGGAAAAGAAUAUUCCAGAUGGAGAGAAAGCAAAUGCAAACAUCCUGAUACAGAAAGAGCUUGGUAUCUUUGAAGAACAGAUUAGAAUGUAUGGAAUAAAGGGCACCAUGAGCAUGAUAGAAGUCAAAGAUGUAGGAAUGAAUCAGAUUUCUUAGGGUAUUAGAGGGAGUAUGGAUUUUAUUUCAAGUACAAUAGGAAGCCAUUGUGGUUCUCAAAUAGAAGAGGUUGGGGGUUAGGUUAACGUCUCCAAGGGGUAUUUGUAAAUAUGUCAGAGGGCACUGAGGGAAGAGCUAUUACAAUCUUUAGUACAGACAAUAUCCACUCUAUAGGACCCUAACUUUUUAAGAGCUCAAAGUUAGGUCCUACUGGGCCCUUCAUACACUUCUGAGGAGACCUAGAACUUUAGAGACCCCUUUAGAAAAUGUACAUAUUUGUUGAAAGAUUCUCCAUUUUCAUUCAUAAGACCAGGGAACAUACGUUGGACUUCCUUUCAUCCCAUAUAGCUCCAUGCUAGGCUUUGUGGCACAAAUUUGGCAACUAUCUAAAUUUGGGAGCCUGUAAGAUUUAAUGGUGAUUAAUUUUUGUCAUAAGUAAGUGUAGUGCAUUAAUCAAACAAAAUCUAUGAUGUAUAAAAAUGCCCAGAUUUGGGCGCCUGGGUGGCUCAGUUGGUUAAGCGACUGCCUUCGGCUCAGGUCAUGAUCCUGGAGUCCCUGGAUGGAGUCCCCCAUCGGGCUCCCUGCUCAGCAGGGAGCCUGCUUCUGCCUCUGACCCUCCCCCCUCUCAUGUGCUCUCUCUCUCUCAUUCUCUCUGUCUCAAAUAAAUAAAAAAAACUUUAAAAAAAAAAUGCCCAGAUUUGGCCUUAAAUAUGUAUAUAUUGAGUGAAGAGAUGAUGUUGGGUUUCCAAGCCUCAUCUAGUAACUCUUCAUGCUACCACCAUGUCCUUUUUGCUGUCACCUUUCCCUGUCCCUCAAGGAAGAGACUUCCAGAAUUUUUGGUAGAGGAACAAAAGGAACUCACCCUUAGGAAUUUAACUGUUGGAAUUAUUUUUCAACUUAGUUUUGAACUCCCUUACCAGAUGAUUUCAAGAUUUCUUAUAAAGAAGUAGCCCCUACUUCCCUGCCCAAAAUAUGAAAGGUAAACUCUAGUCUCAGUGAUACAGAACUGAAUUGGUUUGGGAUGACAGAAUAAAAUUUUGUUCCAAGGCUUUCCACCAUGCUACAAAAACUAUAUAUUUUUUUAAGUUUUAUUUAAAUAAUCCCUACACCCAAUGCAGGGCUUGAGCUCACAACCCCAAGAUCAAGAGUCACAUGCUCUUCUGACUGAGCCAGGUAGGCACCCCCAAAAACAGUAUUUUAAAAAUCACUCUCGGGGGACACCUGCAUGGCUCAGUCAGUUAAGCAUCUGACUCUUGAUUUUGACUCAGCUCAUGAUCUCAGGAUGGUGAGAUGGAGCCCCACACUGGGUUCUGCACUGGGUAUGGAGCCUGCUUAAGAUUCUCUCUUGCCCUCUCCCUCUGCUCUCCUCCCCCCCUACUCUUGUGUAUACAUGCUCGCUCUCCCUCCCUCUCUUAAAAAAAAAAAAAAAGUCACUCUUGGGGCACCAGGCUGGCUCGGUGAUGGAACAUGUAACUCUUGAUCUUGGGAUUGUGAGUUUGAGUUGUGGACUCGAACUCGAAUAUUUAAAAAGAAAAUACUUUUUAAAAAAUCACUCUUGAGGGGUGCCUGGGUGGCUCAGUCGUUAAGCAUCUGCCUUUGGCUCAGGUCAUGAUCCUCGGGUCCUGAGAUCAAGCCCCCCAUCGGGCUCCGUGCUCCGUGGGAAGCCUGCUUCUCCCUCUCCCACUCCCCCUGCUUGAGUUCCCUCUCUCACUGUGUCUCUUUCUGUCAAAUAAAUAAAAUCUUUUAAAAAAAUAAAAAAUCUCUCUUGGGGUGCCUGGGUGGCUCAGAUAUUAAGAGUCUGCCUUCAGCUCAGGUCCAGGAUUGAGCCCCACACUGGGCUCCCUGCUCAGUGGGAAGCCUGCUUCUCCCUUUCCCACUCCCCCCGCUUGUGUUCCCUCUCUCGCUCGCUCUCUCUCUGUCAAGUAAAUAAAUAAAAAUCUUUUAAAAAAUAAAAAAAUCACUCAUGUCAAUUUCCAGAGCACUUCAUAGAUGUUAGGCAAUUCUGUGGUGGGUUAUAUAACCAUGAUACAACUAUGGAAGAAUUAAUUGCUAACACAAAGUCCUUUGGGUUUAGAGAAGGGCCUUUAAAAUGCAAAAUGCUUUUUAUUGUUCUAUAUGUAUAAAUGAAGAGGUUAGACUUCAUCUUUUAUAAAAUUAGGGAGUCAUGGUAUAUUGUCAAAGUCUCAAAUACUUUUGGAAGCUCCCAGAUUGACUCAGCAACAUUCAUUCACCAUCUUUUUCCCCUUACCAAGCACCUAUUUAAGGAGGCAGCAGUGAAGAUCACUCUAGAACACAUCUAUCUUAACAGCAGUUCGCUUUUCAAGUACCCAUUCCAGCUUUUAAAUAUAAAUAUGGUCUAUCAAAGCACCGUAAAUUGAUCAGACAGCUGUUAUCGGGAACUAAACCAACAUCCCUUUUCCGGAAGGCUUUGGAAACAAAUUUUUCUCUGACAAACUGUGUACUUGUUCUAGAAAACAAGGUACUCUCAAGGCAUCAAUGUCAAGUCAGAUACAAUAUACAUAGAGCUCUAGUCUGUUGUGAGCUUAAAGUUCUGAGUCUUACUAAUUUUAUGAUAAAUUGACUACAAGUUAGGAGGUUCUCAGUGUUCCUGCAAGCAUCUAGUAAGUCCAGCACUCCUUAAAUAGUGCAACACCAAAAUUGUACCUAUUUUGCUUAACUUUGUACUCAAGAAAAAAAGCAGACUUUUAUCAACUAAAGUCUGUGCCAAAACGAGAGAUGAAUAGAGCUUAUGAAAGAAAGGCCUGAAGUUCAAACUUUUUUUCAUAAACCCUGUUAUAAAAAUCACUGAGGAAUUGUUUGAUGUAUGCAUGGAGCACUUACCUAAUAUUUAACCAGUCAAAUACUGAAACAACCAUGGCUCUGCUUUGUAUUACAUUACUGCUAGUGAAAUUUACCCAGAUUAGGACAAAGUUGAUGGUAAACUACACAUUGCAUUUCUAAGUCAUAAUAUGUUAAAAAUGAAUCCAGAAUAAACAGGAAAGAUUUCAUUAAAAAUUAUUUCCAAUUUUAUAGAAUAAAAAGGAAUAUAAGCUCCUUGAGGGCAGAGGUGUUGACUUUAUUAUCUGCCUCUGUAUUCUCAGGGCCUAGAAUAAUCCCGAACACUUCAUUGUUAUUAAGUGUCGAACAUGGUAAUGGAGAGAAAAGAUUAGGUUUGAAUCUCAGCUCUGACACUUUCUACUUGUGGAAACUUGGACAAGUCACUUAAGUUCUCUCACCCUGUUUCUUCAUCUGUAAAAGAGAAAUUAUCACCUUUUUCCAGUAUGUGGUUUUUUCAACAACACUAAGCAGUUCUCCAAUUCUUAGCAGACACUGACCAGAUGUCCUACAAUUAAUUAUUUUUUAAAGAUUAUAUAUAUAUGUGUGUGUGUGUAUGUGUAUAUAUAUGUAUAUAUAUAUGUAUAUAUAUUAUUAAAGACUAUUUAUUAGAGGGAGCACAAGUGAGGGGGUCAGAGGGUGAGGGAGAAGUAGGCUCCCCACUGAGCAGGCAGCUUGACACAGGGCUAGAUCCCAAGACCCAGGGAUCGUGACCGGAGCCACCCAGGCGCCCCUAAAGGUUAUAUUUUUAAGUAAUCUCUACACCAAAUGAAGGGCUCAAACCUAUGACCCCGAGAUCAAGAGUUGCAUGUUCCACCAACUGAGCCAUCCAGGCACCCCAGAUGUCCUACAAUUUAAUUCAAUUCUGACACUACUCCUAGAGAUAGUGUCAGAUCCCACAGUUAAAGCGCUCAGUCCUCCAAGACCGCCCUUCAGACACCAAUAGCAAGUCCAGGUUGUCAUCCUAGCAGCUGGCUAAAGAUCAGAUGUUCCCACAACCCUCUCCAGUUCAAUUAAUUUGCUAGAGCUGUUCACAGAACUCAGAAACAUUUACUUACCUUUACCAGUUUAUUAUAGAAGGAUGUUAGUAAGGAACAGCCAGAUGGAAGAGAUGCACAGGGCAAGGUAUAUACGAUGGAGCAAGGAGCUUCUAUGCUUUUUUGGGCUGCCCAUUCUCCCCCACAUCUUCACGUGUUUACCAACCCAGAAGCUCAACUUGUUCAUGAGUUUUUACAGAGAUUUAAUCUGUAGACCUCCCCCACUUCUCCCUUCCCAGAGGUCAGUGGGUAGGUGUGAAAGUUCCAACUCUGACCACUAGGUCUUUCUGGUGACUAGCCCCAUCCUGAGGCUAUCUAGGAGCCCUACCUAAGUCACUUCUUUAACAUAAACUCAGAAGGGACUCCUAAUGAAGGACAAAAGAAUUUCCUAUCAGGAAAUUCCAAGAGUUUUAGGAACUCUGGGGCAGAAACCCAGGAUUGAGACCAUAUAUAUUUCUUAUGCCAUAGUUUUAAUCAUGUUCCUGCUGUGAAAAAUAAGAUGUAUGUAAAAUCACUGCAAAAUGCUAUAGCAUUAUUAAAAAUCAUUAUUUUAAUGUCAACAGUGUUAUAAUAAGACAUUGCCUGGUAGAGAUACUUAGUGGACCUAAGAGUUACCUUUUUAAAAAUGUAUAUAUUAUCACACCAGUCAGAAUGGCUAAAAUUAACAAAUCAGAUGUUGGCAAGGAUGUGGAGAAAGGGGAACCCUCUUAAACUGUUGGUGGGAAUGAAAGCUGGUGCAGCCACUCUGGAAAACAGUAUGGAGAUUCCUCAAAAAGUCGAAAAUAGAGCUUUUCUACAACCCAGCAAUUGCACUACUAGGGAUUUACCCCAAAGAUACAAGUGUAGUGAUCUAAAGGGGCGCCUGCACCCCAAUGUUUAUAGCAGCAAUGUCUACGAUAGCCAAACUGGAAAGAGCCCAGAUGUCCAUUGACAUCAAGAAGACGUGGUGUGUGUAUACACACACACACAGACACACACACACACAAUGGAAUAUUACUCAGCCAUCAAAAAAAUGAAAUCUUGCCGUUUGCAAUGACUUGGAUGGAACUAGAGAGUAUUAUACUAAGUGAAAUAAGUCAACCAGAGAAAGACAAUUAUCAUACCUCACUGAUAUGUGGAAUUUUUUUUUUUUAAGAUUUUAUGUAUUUAUUUGACAGAGACACAGCGAGAGAGGGAACACAAGCAGGGGGAGUGGGAGAAGGAGAAGCAGGCUUCCCGCCAAGCAGGGAGCCCGAUGCGGGGCUUGAUCCCAGGACUCUGGGAUCAUGACCCGAGCUGAAGGCAGACGCUUAACGACUGAGCCACCCAGGCGCCCCUGAUAUGUGGAAUUUAAGAAACAAAACAGAGGAUCAUAAGGGAAGAGAGGAAAAAAUAAGACAAACCAGAAAAGGAGACAAACCAUAAGAGACUCUUAAUCAUGGGAAACAAACCAAGGUUGCUGGAGGGGAGAGAGGUGGGGGGAUGGGGUAACUGGGUGAUAGACAUUAAGGAGGACAUGUGAUGUAAUGAGCACUGCAUAUUAUAUAAGACUGAUGAAUCACCUGUACCUCUGAAACCAAUAAUAUAUGUUAAUUAAUUGAAUUUAAAUUUUUGAAAAAAGAAUAAAUGGCAGAAAUGGGGAAAAAAGUUUAAGAUGAUAGUUUUUCAAAUUUUUAAAAGGGAAACAUAGUUUGAAUUCUAGUGCUGGUAAUAGUAUCUAACCUGGAGAAUAAGUACUAAUACUUAUUAAAUGUUAAUAUAAGCUAGACACUCUUCUAAGUAUUUCACACAUUUUGUGAAAUAUUUAUCAUAAAGCUAUGAAUAAUGUCCUGGUUACUAUUACUGCACAAUAAAUAACCCAAAACAUAAUGUUGGUAAAAAAAAAUUUUUUUUAAGUAUAUAUUUUUUUAAGGAUAUUAAAUGUUACUGUUUUUAUAGCAGGAUUUUGGCUCUUACAUGCAUUGUGUAACUUUAAGAGGGUGGGGUAUAUUGUAGGCACUAUUUUCCAGAGAUCUUCAACUAUAGAACUCCUUUUUUUUUAAUCUUUUUUUCUUUUUUAUUAUGUCCAAUUAGCCAACAUAUAGUACAUCAUUAGUUUUUGAUGUAGUGUUCAAUGAUUCAUUAGUUGCAUAUAACACCCAGUGCUCAUCAAAACACGUGCCCUCCUUAAUACCCAUCACCCAGUUACCCCAUCCCCCCAUCCCACCCCAAAAAGCAUAUAUUAGAUGCCAAAUGUUUUAUAUACAUUAUUUCAUUUAACUCUAUGAGGUAGGCUAUCAGCUCCAUUUUUAGAGAUGAGCUAGGGCUUUGCAUUAUCUACAGUAUAACAAAUUAACUUAUUAUCUCACAGUUUCUGUAAGUCAGGAACCUAGGUAUAGCUUACCUUCAGACUCUGCUUCAGAGUCUUCCAUAGGCUGCAGUGAAGUUAUUGACCAGAGCUACAGUCCUGUCAAGGCUCCACUGGGGAAGAAUCCAGCUCCAAACUCACUCAUGUUGGCAGGGUUCAGUUUCUCACUGGCUGUUGGACUGAGUGAGAGGCUGCCCUCAGCUCUUUAACACAUGGACCUUUCUAUAGGGCUGCUUACAACAUGCCAGCUGCCUUCAUCAAAGUGAGCAAGUGAGAAAGUGCCAGCCAGUGAGACAGAAGUCACAAACUUUUACAACCUAAUUUUGGAAGUAUUAUCCCAUCACUUUUCUUGUCUUCUCUCAUUAAAAGCAAGUCACUAAGUGAACAGGAUGCAGGCUCUCACCAGACACUGAAUCUGCUGGUACCUUGAUCUUGGAUUUCCCAGCCUCCAGAAGAACAGUUAAAAAAUGAAUUUCUAUUGAUUUUUAAAAACCAAACAAAAACAAGUUACUAGAUCCAGCCCACGUUCAAGAGGAGAGAGUAUUACAACAGAAACGGACUCAAACACAGAGAACAAACUGGUGGUUGCCCAAGAAGAGGAGUUUUAGGGGUUGGGAAAAAUAGGUGAAGGAGAUUAAGAGGUACAAAAUUCCAAUUAUAAAAUAAAUGAGUCACAGGGAUGAAAAGUAGAGCAUAGGGAAUAUAUCCCCCAACCAAAAACAGAGAGAGUAUUACACAAAGGCAUGAAUAUCAGGAGUCAGAGAGCACUGUGAGCCAUUUUAGAAGACCACCCUCCCACAGGUCAGAAUGUUCGAGUUGCUUAUCCAGUUUGAUAAAGCUAAUAAGUAGCAAACCUGAGAUUCCAAAUAACAUCUGCCAGACAAAGCCCACAGUGUUCUAUUACUCUUUUCCCAUUGAAUACAUGGUAAUAAUGUAGGGCUAGCAUAAACUUGUCUAGAAAUGAAUCAUUCUAAAGUGUUAAAAUUAUCUGUUCUGUAAGAUAAAAUAAGCCAUUUCCAUCCUAAUUGUUUUUCCUAGGAUUGUUCAUCCUAAUCAUUUUCUUCAUACAUAGGACAAGUUAAACUUUUUUCAGUCUCGGUCCAUGGUACCAUAAAUUUCAAAUUUUAGUAAUAUCCGAAUGUUCAUCAUCUAAAAAGCACAUAAAGUGUAAGUCACCUCUCAACAAGGCCAUAUAAGGAAGAGAAUCUGGUGGGCAUACUAGUGUCAUUGAUGGACCUUUGGAAAGCAUAUCUUUUAUUUGUUGAUUUAUUCAGUUUAGUAGGAAAGGACACAGACAUUUGUAAAUAACAAUAAAGGUGUAUACAAGAAGCUAUGUAAGUUCAGAGAAGAAAUAUGGUUAAAGAAGUAUGAAUUGAAGAAGUACUUUGAGUCUUAAUGCAUGAAUCUCAAUUUGCCAGGUGACAAAGGCACAGAAUUGUAAAAACAAAAAAACCCAAUCAAGAUUAUUGAGGAUUUUUGGAGCCCAGGAUUGCCAGCAGAUUUGGAAUUUUGAGGACUCCCUGAAAGUCAGAGGGCAUAUGAAAUCAGAGCAAGAGUCAGGCUUCAGAGGCAAUGGAUAACAGGGAGUUGGGGUGGAGGGGAAGGGCACAGUGUCCUAGAGCAACCAUAAGGAAUGGAAUUGGAAACCUCUGGUUGAGUUGGUUUCUCCAUCCAUUCAUUCUUCAAAGUUAAGGGUACUCUGGAAUGGUAUUUGCCCCUAAGCUAGCUCGUUGACUCUAGAAACUUGUGGCAGAUGAGCCAGGCUGUACCCCAGGAGACUAUAUCCAGGAAAGGAAGCCUCACUUCAUACCCAGAAUAUUAAUUACUGUACCCUCCCUCACAAUCAUCAGAGCAAACUAUGGUAAACAAACAGCAUCAUGCACAGAGAACAAGGAAUACCAAGACGAAGAACCACCCGAGGAAGGGAUACCCAAGGAAGAUCAAUACAAAAUCAAGAACCACCAAAUACCCAAGGAAAACCAAUGCUAUGAAAAGUUGAUACCAAUCAACAAAAGAACUAACACCCAAGCAAAUAGUUAUUAGAGAAAGCAGAGGAGGAUCUUGGAAAUAAUAAUUAUUUACUGCAUAAUGGGUGUGGUAUCAGGCAUUGUUCUAAUAAGCACCUUACAUGUACUUUAAAAUUUUAAUCCUUAUGCAGAAUAUCCCCAGAGGAAUAUGAGAGACUGUGAGAGAAUAUUGUGUCUAAAUUUCAUGAAAAAAGAAUGAGUUAAAGAUUGUUUAAAUUAAAAAAUAAAGCAUGGUCUAAGCUGCAAGUGGACUUUGAGGAAAAGCAAAUUAGCAAAACUGGAAGAAUAAACUGAAAAAUUAUUCCAAAAGAACAAAGAUAUUGAAGGAGAGGUGGCUUAAGAUGAAAGGAAAAUCCAGAGAUUCCAAUAUUUCAUAUUUCCAAAGAAGAGAUGAGAGAGAAUUUUAAGGCAGCAUUAACUGAAGAAAUAAUAGAAGAAAAUCCUGGUAUGACUAGUGUAAUUUAGAAGAAAUAUUUAAUGCCAUCUGUAUUUUUUAAAAAGAUCAAACAUUAAGUGCAUCUUAUUUUUUAUUGCCAGGUUGCAUCUAAAAUUUCAUCACUUUUUAUUAUAUGUAUGUCUAAAUUAUAAUAUAUAUUUUAUGUUUUUAUAAUUGUGCUUUUUAGCUUUUUAUUUUGAAAUAAAUUUAGACUUACAGAAAAGCUGCAAACAUAGUACAGAUGCUCUUCACCUAGCUUCUUGUAAUGUUAACAUCUUAUAUCACCAUAUUAAAAUUACACAAAUUAAUAAAUUAACAUGAGUACAAUACCAUUAAUUAAACUGCAAAUAUACCCUAUAUCAAGUAGGACGAAAACAAGUCAGUGGGUAUGAUUAACGUAUAUAGAUAUAUAUAAAACAGAACAAAGGAGAUGGAUAGCUACUAUAUCCUCAUUUCUAUAACUGGUCUUGAGGCUUUUUUUUUAAAAUACCAUCCAUCAUUAUUUCAUAUUCAUUUUGCCAGUAUCUACAGCUGGUUGGGGUUUUCACAUGAUGUGGUAAUUUUCAUUCUUCAGGAAUGAGUCCUUGGUGCUUCUGCUUAAAUUCAGUUGCUAUAGUUUCCUAUUUUCCACUGUACAUAGCAAUACUAGGAGGUGACCCAAAGCAUCUCCCGGGUUUCAAGACAUUUCUCAUCCUUGUUCCUAUUAUGUAGCAGCAAUCACACUUUCCCUUGGUAUCAAGGAUAAAUUGUCCCAGCCUACACUAUAACCUCUUUUUCCCCCUAUUGUUCGAAUGUCAAGAAGAGCCCAAAAUAAUCAACUAGUAGUAUAAACUUCCAGUUAAGUGGAACCAUUGUUGAGUUUGCUGGGGAGCAUAUUCCUCCCUUGGAUACUGAGACCUUUAAAUGGUCAAACCUCAAAAUUAUGGGAAUAGAAAGCAAAACAUUUUAUGGGUAGAUCAAUAGGUAUGAGUGGGAGCUGUCUGUCUCACUCCUGGGUUCCCCAGCUCCUGUGCCGUAGAUAAGGGAGAAACAACAUUCUAUGUUAGUUGCUAGUUCACAACACAUAAUACUGUAGAACAGGAGUUGGCAAACUUUCUCCUGUAAAGGGCCAGAUAGUAAAUAUUCUAGGGUUUAAGGAUCACAUAUGGUAUCUGUCACAUAUUCUUUGUUUUUGUUUACAGCCCUUAAAAAAUGUAAAAGCCAGGGUACCUGGGGAGCUCAGUCAGGCAUCUGCCUUUGGCUCAGGUCAUGAUCAUAAGGUUCUGGGAUGAAGCCCCAUGUUGAGCUCCCUGCUCAGUGGGGAGUCUGCUUCUCCCUCUGCCCCUCCCUCCUGCUCAUGCUCUCUCUGUCUCUGUCUCUCUCUCUCUCCCAAAUAAAUAAAUAAAAUGUAAAGAAGUGUAAAAGCCAUUCUUAAAACUGUACAAAAACAGGAUGUGGGCCAGGUUUAGCCUUCAGACUCUAAUUUGCUAAUCCCUGCUGUAGGACAACACCCUAACUUUGCAAAUUGUUCCCUCCCUGCUGACACUGGAACUGAGUCUUCAGAAGACCACUCAAGAGUUCUAAAGACAAGCUGCUACUGGAUGAUGGGGAUAUACAAUAAGACCAGUGAGUCUUGUGUGCAUAGUAUUCUGGGUCACCAGGGAUUAACACCAUUGUCCAUGUCUUCCCCCUUUCCCCCCUACCACUGCACACUUUUAUCCUAGGAAAUAACUGUAUGUCCCUUUGGGGAAAGGCUGAGAGAUUCAUACAUCAUACUUUUGAUGUUAUCACAAGGUCCUUUCUCAUAGGUACCUAGGAUACUCCGUAUUCAAGGGCCUCUGGGUUUGUGAACUUUCCAGAACUAGGAAAUGGGUGAAAGCUAUUGCAUUACUCUUAGUGGUAUCUCUAGCUUCUGUUUUCCCAACCUAGGGAUUGUUCAAUUACACAAAUAUGUAUGACCUUAGUGAGCUACCCUUCUAUUUUAAUACUGGAAACUCUAUUAAAAAGUUAACCACCACCAAAGAUCUCUGUAGAUCAAAACCUUUCAAUUACUACUCUGGUACAACUUUUUAUUGGUAAUUGUGCCCACUGUGUCUAUAGCAGUUAUGUUCUGCUACCUGACCUCAGGAUCCCUCAACAUCACUGAAAUUAGAAAACCCAUUUGAAUGGCAACACAUGCAACCUUUAUCCCCAGAGGACAGCUAUUACAGUAACAUUCAGGGAUGCUUGUGCUGUACUCCUCAAUCUAUUUGUUCAUGCUAUAGGGUAAAGAGAGGGUAUGCUCUAGGUCCUUUGGGGUCAUAAGUAGGGGUGGAUGAUCCAAUACAAAUGACAACCCUCUUCAAUGUUUGUUUCUUCAGAAACCUUUUCAUAGAUUUCAUACUUCUAUCUUUUAUGGCCUGGCCUUGGAAGCCACACACCAUCAUUUCUGUGAUAUCCUAUAGGUUAUAAAGGUCAGCCCUUUUCAUUGUGGGAGAGGACUACACUGGGCAUUUAAUACUAAGAGGUACAAAUCACUGAAAUCUUCUUGGAAAUUGGUUACUAUAAGGUCUCUAGGCUUUUCAAGGAAGAUAAGACCAGGGCAAGAAGGGAGCUACUUCUGCAGGCAAGGGACACUCGGUGGAGUUUGGCAGCACAGGAUACCAUUUUUGUUUGGAAUACAACUCUCUUACUGUCGGUACCAAAACUUCCACAUCAGAGAUCAAAUGAAGCUAUUAAUUCUACCUUUUUCAUAAUUCAGCAUUUUACAAAGAAGAUUCUAUUUCUAAUUUUUGGUGUGUUAGACCCUUGGCUUUAAGAGAUUAAGGAUAUAUGGGGUUCCUGGGUGGCUCAGUUGGUUAAAUAUCUGCCUUUGGCUUGGGUCAUGACCUCAGGGUCCUGGGAUCAAGCCCCACAUUGGGCUCUCUGGCUCAGCCGGGAGCCUGCUUCUCCCUCUCCCUCUGCCUGCUGCUCUGCCUGCUUGUGCUCUCUCUCUGUCAAAUAAAUAAAUCAAUAAAAUCUUUUUUUAAAAAAAUGAUAAAGGAUGUUUUUAGAGCAAUCAUAGAAAACGCCUGUUUUUUUUUAACAUGUCCUAGGCUAAAAAUGUGAAAUCUUGAGCCUAUAAUUUUCUUUAGGUUUUUCUAGCACAAUGAGAAGUAAUCCCUACCCUUGUAUUUCUUGUGCAUUUCAUAAUACUCUGACUUAGCAGCCAGUUGGUCCAUCAAAGUCUUACUUUUGAUAGGUAGUUCAUUCUGGGUAACACCAGAUGAUAAUUUUGGUUUUGUUUUUUU